AUGAUAAGAUCGCAUACGCGACGUAUGGAAUCAGCUGCUUCGGUGCCUUCGGUUUUCGCUGUUCCGAUAGAGGACGUUCUGGCCGCUGUUCAGGGUACACGCGUUCAGUGCAUAGAUCCUAGUUUCUUUUCGUGUUGGGGUCGCCAAGAACGAGCACGAUCGUAUCGAGUCUGGGUGACAGACGACUUUCUGGAGUUACGCAGUUGCCCGUCGUGGCCAAACCUCUUCUGUCUAUUCGAUCUUGUCGCUGUGCGUGCUGAUACGUGUGCGCUAUCUCUUGAGUUCCAGGUAUCGAGUAUGCGCCUGGAGCGCAGCAAUAGCGGCUCGCUGAAUUCCUUUGUCGAUGAAACCGUGCCGGCAAGUCGAGGUCAUACGAAUUCUGUUCCCAUCGCAAAAGUACGACGACUUGUUCUCGUCUUUGAACAACAGCGGAUCAUGCAUCAGUGGUUGAACGCAUUAACCGCAUGUGCACCCUCGUCAUGUCAGUUUAUGCUGCAUGCGCUACCAGUCCAGGGAUCAAGGAGGUCGAGCAAUGAGCGGCGUUGGCAGGGAGCACACAUUCUCGGAUUCCACGACGAGCUGGGCCCCAUCGAUGGACUCCACUGGCGCGGGAAACCCUUGACCAAUUAUCCUAAACACGGCGCUGACGGGCGUUACGUGUUCUUACGUGUCCUUGGUCGCGGAUCGAUGGGGGAAGUCCUACUCGCGAUGGACUUGUAUUCCCGUCGCUUCUACGCUGUGAAACAAGCUAUUCUUCGUUGUAGAUUUGAUGCGCAAACGGGCUCGCUCCGUGAUACGAGCGCUUGCUGUGACCACAACAACGAGCGAAUGUUGAUGGAAAUGGAGCUCAUGCGAGGUCUCCGACACCCUAACCUCGUGGAGUUGAUCGAUAUCCUACCCGCUGAACGUCGAGAUGCCUCACAGGCACCAUCGGACGCCGGCACUGAAGCGAUCGUGAAUGGCGACACUGGCCGCGAUUCCGCGCAGCCUCUGCCGCCUUUGUUUCAUGGCGCUGGUGACCGUCGCACUUGGCAAAAAACUGAUGCGAGCCUGGUGUCGAGCACAGAUCCCAAGUCUUGUAGUGCUUCACCCACAGAGCAAAUGAACGGUCAGUCGAUGGAUUCGGAUCUGCCUACUGCGAGUGAUUCACUCGUGCUUGCUCGCGAGCGUGAUCGUUUGCGUUGGAUCCGCGAUUCGGGGCUGAAGCCUCUAGUAUCCGAUGGGUCAUCGCGAGAGCUGAGUGUACCGCUCCAAUUGGUCGUCGAGUUUGUACCCGGCUUCCCGGUGCUUCAAUCCAACCAACUCGUGAUGAAUCAGUCUUUAUCGGAAGAUGUUGCGCUUUUCGUACUCUGGCAGGUUGCGAACGGUCUUGCUACCUUGCAUGCUCGAAACAUCGUUCAUCGCGACAUCAAACCGGAUAACCUGCUGCUCCAUGUGGACGGCACCAUUAAGCUGAACGAUUUUGGCACAGCAUGCGUCGCCGAUGCACCCGAUGUCCAAUGUCUGGUCGGGGCACCCGCUUUUGUGGCGCCCGAAAUUAUUUCCAGAGUGUGCCAGAUCUGCGAUGAAGAGGACGACGACGUGAGUACGCACACAGCGAGAUCCCUGGUUAUCGAUCCAAUAAGAAAUCCCGGAGAGCGCGGCGCUCCCCAGUGCCCUACCAGUGGAGCAACCCCGGAUUCCGAGAUCAGUAAGCGGAGCGACAUCUGGUCGUUAGGGGCAACGCUCUAUUACCUUUUGUUUGGUCGACCACCAUUUCUCGGGGACACCCUAUACGAACUCUGUGAGAACAUCAUGCAUCAGUCGGUAUCUUUCGACCGAGAGCUUCACCGAAAAUGGAGCAACUCGAGCGGGCGUAGUACGGAUCGGGCACGACCUGCACCCUGGUAUCGCAGGCGCCUGUCGCGUACCCGUUCUAACGCGCUCAGCGAAGCGUGCACUGCGCUUCUCCAGGGCAUGCUCACAAAAGACCCGCGAAUCCGACUUGAUAUUCACGGUGUGCUUGCUCAUGCAGCACUGGAUAGGUAUAGACACAUGACCGUUACCGAAAUGGAGUACUUUACAGAACGCCUGCGCGACCAAUCAACCAAAUCAGGUGCGUUCCGUCGGUAA